AUGGCCGAUUUGGAUCAAGGUUUGGGUUGGAUUACAUUUUUGGCUGAUGGGGUUAAGAGAGAGGUCACAUUUAGGCAGCUCCAGAUCUUGUUUGGCUUCAACUAUGGGGAAGGAACUGAGUGGAAGUUCAGCAAGAGAGAGCUUCAAAGUGUUUGGACCACAAUCGCUGAAGGAGUUUACUCAUCCUCAAGGUCCAAGGCUGCUCAAAUCAGAAGUCCAAUACUGAGAUAUGUGCACAAGGAGCUUGCCAAUACCUUCUUUGCAAGAAAAACAACAGAUCAGCUCCUCAACUACAAGAUAACAGCAUACAACACUCACUUUCAAGAGAAGAGGAAGCUGAGUGUUGGAGGCCUUGUCACGCCUAUUCUGCAUGCUGCUGGUGUGGAUCCAUCUCGCCAUAAAGUUACUCCCCCUGGCGGGAUGGAAAUCAAGUUUUGCAAAACAAAUCUGCUCAUAAAUCACAAGGAGGUGAAUGGGAUGUACCAAUUCCUUUUCAAACAUUCCACUGCUGGAGUUUCAAAGAUGCUUCUACCAAAUCCUGACUUCACAACAGAGCUUGAACUCAAUCGAGUUGAGGAUCAAGUUGAGGAAGAGGUCCAAACUGAUGGAGUACUAGGCGAGCCAGACUGCUACUAUUUUGAGGAGUAUGAAGCUCCAAGGAUGAAUCCCCCUGUUGUGGCUGCUCACAAGAGGAUUGGACUUCUCCAAAACUUCAACAAGUGA